AGAGCCGUAGAUGUUGGCUCGGUCAUCUGAUCAGCUAUGUCCAAUCACAGCUGAUCUCAUAGCAGAGCCGGUAAUCGGCAUCCCUCAGAAGGGACAUGUGCAUUGAUCAUCAGGGCACUGAUGAUCAGUGUAGCUCCAGCAGUGCCACCUGUCAGUGUCCAUCAGUGCCAGCUGUCAGUGCUCAUCCAUGCCACCUGCCAGUGCCCAUCAGUGCCUCAUCAAUGCCACAUAUCAGUGCCUACCAGUGCACAUCAAUGCCACUUAUCAGUGCCCAUCUGAGCUGCCUUUCAGUGUCACCUAUCAGUGUCAGUCAGUGCCACCUAUCAGUGAUGUCAAUCAGUGCCGCCUAGCAGUGCCAGUCAGUGCCACCUAUCAGUGCUAGUCAGUUCCGCCUAUCAGUGCCAGUUAGUGCUGCCUAUCAGUGCCCAUCAGUGCUGCCUAUCAGUGACGCCUAAAAGUGCAAGUCAGUGCCACCUAACAAUG